AGGUGGCUCCGAGUGGCCGCGGCAGUGGGCUGUGCCCGAGUCUCCUCCCUUUAGCCGGCUGCAGGUUGGUGGCGGGAGCGGAGGUCGGACUGUGGGCGCGGGGAGGGGGCGCCCUGCCGCGGGGGCCCCGGCUGAGCCCGGCAGCCCAGAGCCCGAUUUCCGGGCCUGCAGCUCCAGUGUGGCCGCCACCAUGGCUCCGCAGCAGCUCUUCCGCGCGCUGGUUUCGGCGCAGUGGGUGGCCGAGGCCCUGCGGGCCCCGCGGGCCGGGCAGCCCCUGCAGCUGCUCGACGCCUCCUGGUACCUGCCCAAGCUGGGCCGCGACGCGCGCUGCGAGUUCGAGGAGCGCCACAUCCCGGGCGCCGCCUUCUUUGACAUCGACCAGUGCAGCGACCGCACGUCGCCGUACGACCACAUGCUGCCCAGCGCGGCGGACUUCGCCGAGUGCGCCAGCCGCCUGGGCGUGGGCGCUGGCACCCAUGUUGUGAUCUACGACGCCAGCGACCAGGGCCUCUACUCGGCACCGCGCGUGUGGUGGAUGUUCCGCGCCUUCGGCCACCGCACCGUGUCGCUGCUCGAUGGCGGCCUCCGCCACUGGUUGCGCCAGGGCCUCCCGCUGAGCUCAGGCAAAAGCCGCCCGGCGCCGGCCGUGUUCCGCGCCGUGCUAGACCCCGCGUUCGUCAAGACGUACGACGACAUCAAGGAGAACCUGGAAUCCCGGCACUUCCAGGUGGUGGACGCCCGCGCCGCCGGCAGGUUCCGGGGCACCGAGCCUGAGCCCCGAGAUGGAAUUGAGCCCGGACACAUCCCCGGCACUGUGAACAUCCCCUUCACAGAAUUCCUGACCGAGGAGGGCCUGGAGAAGAGCCCCGAGGAGAUCCGCCAGCUGUUCAAGGACAAGAAGGUAGACCUGUCACAGCCACUGGUGGCCACGUGUGGCUCUGGUGUCACAGCCUGCCAUGUGGCACUGGGGGCCUACCUCUGCGGCAAGCCCGAUGUGCCCAUCUACGACGGCUCCUGGGUGGAAUGGUACAUGCGUGCCCGGCCCGAGGAAGUCAUCUCUGAGGGCCGGGGGAAGACCCACUGAGGCUGGACAGGGCACAGGAAGCUCAGCUGAUGCCCACCCACCAGCUGUGCCCAGCCUGGUGGUUCUGACUCUGCUUUGACCAGGAGGGUGUCUCUUCCUCCAACUCAGGUGGCGUAUAGGGUAACAUCCCAGAAGCCAGGAAUACUGUUGAUGUGUGGGCUGCCAGUGGAGGCAGGAGAGAAGGUGGCAGGAGGCAUAGUAGGAUGGGUACUGCCCACAUGGUGCUCAGCUGGGGCCCCACCUCCCUUCUCUUUGACUGCUGAGGAAAUAAAACAACCAAGUGCCAAAUCCUUCUAACUGUG